AUGGCACCAAUACCUGAAUUCUUAAACCAAUAUAUUAUUAAAAGCAAAGAAAAAUUAAAUAAAAGUAAUUACAAAAUUUUUUGCAAGGCGUGUGUUGAAGCACUUGGUGAAGAUAAAGGGAAGCAAAAUUGUUUUCCUAACAAAACGGAUAGAGUAAUUUUGCACCUUAAAAGGUGUGAAAAUUUUAAUAAUAAGACCAC